UUGUUCUCGGUUUAUAGGGCACAGGCAGACAUAGAAGUUAUGUCGGAGACAGUUUUCUUUUUAAAAGGUGGCCCUCUUGCUGAACGCGGAUCAGAAUGGGCCACAGAUGUAAGAUUUGGCCCUCUCCCUAGCCUCUUAUCCACAUUUGACGCUAACACUUCUGUGAGGGUUUCGGUGGAAACCCCCACAUUUUAAUCAACCGUUGGAAGCGGAAGAGACGUGGAUACUUUGGCUUUCAUCAUUUCACUUGGCCAACUCUCAACGACUGGAGUCUAGAAAGCAAACCUCGAAUUCUCUUGCAGCCGCCUCUCUCUGAUGAGAAAGUCUACAGGCCUAUGACUGUUUAUAUGCUGGAACAAAUGCAACAGCGCUACUUUUGGGUUCGUGGCUGACGGAUCUUUUGUGUGAAUUAUUCUAAUGAUCAACCUCAGGAAUUCGCUGUUAGAAGAUAUGGAAUAAAACGUGUACUAGAAGCCAACAAUACCAGGACAUUUGUAAAGAAAUUUCAAAUGACCAACGACACGGUUGAGCGUCCAGGCACGUUCUCUCGUGGGGCUUCCUUGGGGCGAUAUUACUGCUUUUGAGAAAGAGGCCAAUGAUAUGAUAUCGAAGCUUGCGGAACUCUCCCCAGAAGAAAGAAAUGCCGCUAGCUGGGCACGGAGAUUCGUCAGGAGAACCGUGGCUGUGGAUCAGUUCUGGUCUGUGCAAAAUGAAGAGAUGUCGUCAGCUGUUGCGGAGACGACUCCAAAAUUCAAGAAGGGUCGGAGGCGUGGCCUCUUGGUCUUACUUCCUUGGGUAAGGCCAUAAAGGCACAUAUUAAAUCCGUUGAAUCUAUCAUGGAUUUUGAAUCAGGGGUUGGGAUUGUCCCGAUGACUUCAAGCCAAGACGUCUGCCUCUUGCGAUUUGGAACCGAGGGACGAGGAUGUUUCUUCGUCGGCUGAAUAGAAAUAAAUUGAGUGGCGAAGAAUACGAAGGAGCCAGAAAGGUGGUCGAUGAUCUACUCAUUAAUCUGGAGUGCGCAAAAAUGAUCUUUUGCAAGCCAACUGAUAUGCGCGAGGAUGAAAUCACUGUGGAAGGGCUUCGAAUAGCUUUUCAAGAUGCCAUUUCAGGAGACGAAAAUGUAAUGAGGCUAGCUCUAGAUCGCCUUGAUGGUCCAAUUAUAGAUCCCAGAACAAGCGUGUUUCUCCACAGCUGUGCGGAAGUUUUGUAUUGUACAGUUAGUCCUGACCCUUUAGCAAAACUGGUCGAUAGGAUCCAGGGAGCAUUUGAUAACUUGGAUGGAUUACGUUUGGCGUUUCCAGGAGAGUCGUGCCCUCCAGUUUGGGAUGAUCUGAUCAAAAAGUGGAUUCAACUGGCACAAAAGGUUAGACAAGGGGUACAACUUGACCCAGAAGAGCGACCCGUGGAUCGUUCUGAAUGGCUAGGCAAAACUUUUCCAGCCUUUGAAAGCGGUGCUGAGGAAGACAAAGUUCCUUUAUGA